UUCCCUUCCAUUAAACGCGUCGUCUCCGAUUCCUUCCCAUUCAACGCCGUUACUCUUUCUCCCGAUUCACACGUAACGUAUAUUAACACCGUUACAUCUUUCCACUUUUCCAUUUCUAUAUAACAGCAACACAUUUUCCAUCUAAAUUCUCUCUUCCUUCCUUCCCUCCCUCCCGGAAAUUAAAUCAUUCCAUUUCGCCUUCAUCCAUGUCGGCGGACCAGGGUAAGCCACUACCAAAGUUUGGCGAAUGGGAUGUCAAUGAUCCGGCUUCAGCUGAAGGUUACACUGUGAUUUUUAACAAAGCCAGGGAUGAGAAAAAGACUGGUGCCAAACCUGAGUCACCUGCAAGGGCAAACCCUCAAGCCAGGCCUCCAUUAGAGAAUGCCAAAACUCAAAGUAAAGGUUGGUUUUGCUGCAUACAUAAUCCUCAAGCGGAAUCAUAGCAACUGUUGGUCCUUUGUGUAUGAUUAAACAGAAGUGUGUUAAAAGUGUGACAAUCUCCCAAUGUCCUCCUCUAAGGGAUAUGAGCUGCUGAGCAUAACGAACUCUACUUGGAUUCAGUUUUUAUUAUGUAAAAGUGAGUAGUAGCAACGAGGGAGAGUAAAGAUAACAGACAGUUUUUUUUGUAUGUAUUAUUAGGAGCAGAGGUUGCUCCUUUUUUUGUGUGCCUUUUCUUGUUCUACAGGCUGUAGAGGUUUGCUUGUUCCAUUAUAUUUAUGAAUUACAACAAUACAUACCUUAUUUGAUGAGCUGGUUUAUUUCCUUUGUUUUUGAUUA